AUGAGUUUCAGAGAGGAUGGCAAUGAAGAAGGAAGAGACCUCAAGAAGCCUCUGCUCCACACCGGGAGCUGGUACCGUAUGGGCAUGGCCUCCAGGCAGUCCAGCCUCAUGACCGCCUCCCAGAUGAUGAUCCGCGAGAGCUCCAUCUCCGUCGUGGCUUGCGUCCUCAUCGUCGCACUCGGCCCCAUCCAAUUCGGAUUCACCGCAGGCUACUCUUCCCCGACCCAAGCUGCGAUCAGUGGGGAUCUCAAGCUUUCUGUCUCCGAGUUUUCUUUGUUCGGUUCUUUGUCGAAUGUCGGGGCCAUGAUCGGAGCCAUAGCCAGCGGCCAAAUUGCUGAGUACAUUGGGAGAAAAGGGUCUCUGAUGAUUGCCGCAAUCCCAAACAUCAUCGGAUGGCUGGCCAUAUCCUUUGCGAAAGAUUCCUCCUUCCUCUAUAUGGGACGGCUAUUGGAAGGUCUUGGUGUUGGGAUCAUUUCUUAUACGGUACCCAUGUACAUAGCUGAGAUAUCGCCUCAAAACAUGAGGGGGAGCUUAGGUUCGGUGAAUCAGCUCUCGGUAACUAUUGGAAUUAUGAUGGCCUAUCUGUUGGGACUUUUUAUUCACUGGAGGGUACUCGCAGUUCUGGGAGCAUUGCCAUGUUUAAUCUUGAUACCUGGCCUCUUUUUCAUUCCUGAAUCUCCCCGAUGGCUGGCCAAAAUGGGUAUGACUGAAGAUUUUGAGGCUGCUUUGCAAGUUUUACGUGGGUUCGAUGCUGACAUAACUAUCGAAGUGAAUGAGAUCAAGAGAUCUGUAGCAUCAAGCAGCAAAAGAACUGCUAUCCGAUUCGUAGAGUUGAAACAUAAAAGAUACUGGUUCCCUCUGAUGAUUGGAAUUGGCUUGCUUUUCCUGCAACAGCUUAGUGGAAUUAAUGGUGUUCUAUUCUAUUCAAGUAGCAUUUUUAGAAGUGCCGGUGUUACAUCAAGCAAUGUGGCAACAUUUGGACUUGGUGCUAUUCAGGUCAUUGCUACCGGGCUCGCCACUUGGUUGGUGGAUAAAACAGGUCGCCGCAUGCUACUCAUUGUUUCCUCUGUUGGAAUGACUCUCAGCCUCCUAGUCGUCUCUUCAUCGUUCUUCCUAAAGAAUUUAGUCGAAGAAGGUUCUGUGCUUCACACUAUGUUGGCUGACACAGCAGUCAUUGGAGUUGUGGCAAUGGUUGUGACAUUCUCUCUCGGUUUGGGACCGAUUCCAUGGGUCAUCAUGUCCGAGAUUCUUCCGGUCAAUAUUAAGGGCCUAGCAGGCAGUAUAGCUACUCUCGGCAACUGGUUUGUUGCUUGGAUCGUGACGAUGACUGCAAACUUGCUGUUAAGUUGGAGCAGUGGAGGAACCUUCACCAUCUACAUGCUGGUGAGUGCCGGUGUCGUCGCAUUCGUUGCCCUCUGGGUUCCCGAGACCAAAGGAAGAACCCUUGAAAAUAUCCAAUCAUCCUUCAGAUGAAGUCAUUGUCUUCCUCCUCCUCCGGUUUUCAUGUUUCCUCCCGGUUUUGAAAAUACUCCACAGCAAGUGCUAUCAGUUCCGAGCUUCUGCUUGAUAAUCACGAAAAAAUUGUAUUUUCUGAUACUGUUACAACUGUCGGCAGUUUAAGUGCCGAAACUGUAUUCUAAGGACACAGCUUUUUCACUUGUUUUUUGAUUAUCAUUUGGGUUGUGAGAAGCCCAAAGAAGGGAAGACGAUGACUAAAUAGUUAGUAAGAUCCCAGCUGCACUCUUGAUUA